AUGGGAUUUGCUCUGCUUCUCAAGCCGGUCGGUGGGGAAAUGGUAAAAGGAUUACAGCAAACCGAACCACCUGCCGGAGCCCGUGGCGCGGAAGCAUACGCAAUAAAUAAAGCAAUUGACCUCAACCCCACUGAAUUGACGGUCAUAUUCAGCGAUUCUCAAAGUGUCCUCGCGGCAGUUAAAGGGCACAACUCUAACCACCCAUGGAUAGAAGAUAUCAAAAACAAAGUAAAACAAAACCCUGGCCGCUUAGACCUGUGCUGGGUACCAGCUCAUAUCAACAUAACUGGCAACGAAAAAGCCGACAAACUAGCGAAACUUGCCACAGCAGCACAGACAUCCACUAAUAUUGAAACACCAUACGAUGAUUACAAAAAGCUAGUUAAGCUCCAUACAAGACUAACAUGGGAGAAUGUCUGGCACAAUAACCACGGACACUUGAGAGAAAUAAAAUAUGAUACAAGCGAAUGGUCAACAUCCUUCUCGAUGAAUAAAGAAGAAAGCAAAGCUUUUACCCGACUCAGAAUCGGUCACACUAGAAUUUCACAUGAACAUUACGCCCGCAAGGAAGCCGCACCCACCUGCUCAGCACGUGGCUCCCCAAUUACAGUGAAGCACAUCAUUCUGGAAUGCACCAAAUUCACCAAACACCGUAUCGAAGAAAAUAGCGUCAAGUCACUCUACCUGGCCCUAGGGAACGAUUUCAAUGAACUUAGAGAAACAACAUCAUACCUCACGAAAACGAAUUUGACCCACGAAAUUUAA